AUGAAGAGGCCCAGCUCAUCCCCGUUCCCAAAUGCAUCAGGCAAAGCAGCUCGUAGAAGGAUGGAACCUGUUGCUCAAUACUCACAGAAUAACGUGAUGCCAAUGCCAUACCAUCCAAUCCAUGGAGCCUCUUCACCAGAAGCAGCUGUGAAGGUGUUUUGGGAUAACCAAAGGGCUGAGCUACAGAACUUGUCAGGGUUCAAUCUACAACAUAGUUUUUUGCUAUGUAGGGUCAAAAGGGUUUUGAAAGCCCAACCUGAAGUCAGGUGUUGUGAUUUCUUCGAGGCCGUUAAGAAAUCACAAACUUAUGGUUUCUUGAUCGAUCGUGUUCCUUUUGGACCGCACUGUACCAUCCAUCAGGGUGUGCCAGGACAUGCAGAGCCUGAACAAGUGUUGCCUCCUGCUCAAAUUAUAUUGCCUGACUUGAAUGUUCCGAUCGAAAUGAACCAGGUUAAGCAGGAGAAUCUGAUUGCGGAGCGCUUUAACAAUCAUAAAGGGUUUGACUUUGAUCUCAACACUAUCUACAGUGAGCAUGAUUCUGAUGGAAGUUGCUGA